AGAGCAUGGGACUAUCCUCUUCCAUCUUGCAUUGCUGAAUGUGGAGGUCGUUUCAAAGGAGAAUCUUCAGGCAGAAUUUUAUCACCAGGAUACCCCUUUCCAUAUGAUAAUAAUCUGCGCUGUACAUGGAUAAUUGAAGUGGACUUGGGCAAUAUUGUAAGUCUUCAGUUUCUUGCAUUUGACACUGAGGCAUCCCAUGACAUCCUGAGAGUUUGGGAUGGACCGCUGGAAAAUGAGAUGUUACUGAAGGAAAUCAGCGGCUCUCUUAUCCCAGAAGGAAUUCACAGUACUCUCAAUGUUGUAACGAUACAAUUCGACACAGAUUUUUAUAUCAGCAAAUCUGGAUUUGCUAUUCAGUUUUCAAGCUCUGUGGCUACAGCCUGUAGAGACCCAGGGGUCCCAAUGAAUGGCACUCGCAAUGGAGACGGAAGAGAACCAGGCGAUACUGUUAUUUUCCAAUGUGACCCCGGCUAUGAAUUA